UGUCUUUUCAUCAUUUUGAGCUAAAAUCUACGUAAAGUUUCAAUCUUUUUCUCAUUUUUGUCCAAGAUUUCCAAAAGGGUGUUCACCAAAAUCAUCAAUGGCACCACCCUUUACCUGGUGGGGUGGUAAAGAGACCCAAAGGGGUACUCCUGUAGUAGUAAAAAUGGAGAAUCCAAAUAACUGGUCUAUGGUUGAGCUAGAAACUCCAUCAGAGGAUGAUAGUUUCUUGUUAACAAAAGGUGAAAAGGUGAAAAACAAGAAUGCAAAACAACUAACAUGGGUUCUUCUUCUCAAAGCACAUAAAGCAGCAGGUUGUUUAACUUCUAUUGCCUCUGCAUUGUUCAGUUUUGGUUCCGUUAUCCGUCGUCGUGUAGCCACUGGAAAAACAGAUUCUUCCACAAGCAAUAGUUGGUUCUAUUCUUGUAUAAAGGUGUUCGUUUGGUUUUCUUUAAUCUUAUUAGGUUUUGAAAUAGCUGCAUAUUAUAAAGGUUGGCACUUUAAUACUCAUGAUCUUCAUAUUCAGCAUUUGUAUACAUUGGCAAAUCCAUUAGCUGUGAAGGGUGUUUUUGAUUUGCUUUAUUCCAUAUGGGUUGUGGUUAGGGUGGAGUAUUUUGCUCCCAUUCUUCGAUCAUUGGCAAAUGUGUGUAUUGUACUCUUUUUUAUCCAGAGUUUGGAUAGAUUGAUCUUGUGUUUGGGUUGUUUAUGGAUCCGUAUAUGGAAGAUUAAGCCGGUUUUGAAAGAUGGUCCGGUGGAUCUUGAAGAUGGCGAUGGUGGUUACUAUCCUAUGGUUCUUGUUCAAAUCCCCAUGUGUAAUGAAAAAGAGGUUUAUCAGCAAGCUAUUGCAGCUAUGUCUAGUUUGGAGUGGCCUAAAUCGAAAUUGUUGAUUCAAAUUCUUGAUGAUUCUGACGAUUCCACGACUCAGAUGUUGAUCAAAGAGGAGGUACAUAAAUGGCAGAAGGAUGGUGUAAACAUUGUAUAUCGUCAUAGGGUGAUUCGAGAGGGUUACAAAGCUGGCAAUCUUAAGUCAGCCAUGAAUUGCAGCUAUGUCAAAGACUAUGAAUUUGUCGCCAUUUUCGAUGCUGAUUUUCAACCAUCACCUGAUUUUCUUAAGAGAACUGUUCCUUACUUCAAGGAUAAUGAGGAUAUAGGGUUGGUUCAAGCAAGAUGGUCCUUUGUAAACAAGGAAGAAAAUCUUCUAACAAGACUGCAGCACAUUAAUUUAGCCUUUCAUUUUGAAGUCGAACAGCAGGUGAACGGUAUCUUUCUGAAUUUCUUUGGAUUUAACGGGACUGCUGGAGUAUGGAGGAUUAAGGCAUUGGAAGGUUCUGGUGGUUGGUUGGAGAGAACAACAGUUGAGGAUAUGGACAUUGCUGUUAGAGCACAUCUCCACGGAUGGAAAUUCAUCUUUCUUAAUGAUGUCGAGUGCCAGUGUGAGGUACCAGAAUCAUACGAAGCGUAUAGGAAGCAGCAACAUAGAUGGCAUUCAGGGCCAAUGCAGUUGUUCCGUCUUUGUUUUCCUGCCAUCGUUGAAUCAAAUAUAAGCAUUUGGAAGAAAGGCAACUUGAUAUUUCUUUUCUUCCUUCUAAGGAAACUGAUACUUCCAUUUUACUCUUUCACUUUGUUCUGUAUAAUCCUCCCUAUGACCAUGUUCGUUCCCGAGGCUACACUCCCUACGUGGGUUGUCUCUUACAUCCCCGCCACAAUGUCAUUUCUCAAUAUACUUCCGUCCCCUAAAUCCUUCCCUUUCAUCGUACCAUAUCUCUUAUUCGAGAACACAAUGUCUGUGACAAAGUUCAAUGCCAUGAUCUCAGGCCUCUUCCAACUUGGAAGUUCUUAUGAAUGGAUCGUAACCAAGAAAUCAGGACGUUCAUCCGAGGGUGAUCUUUCCUUAUUGGUCGAUGAAAAACCAAAACAUCAAAGAGGUACUUCAGAGCCUAAUUUAGGAGACUUGAAGGAGGAAAUUAAGCAAAAAGCACGAAAGUCUUCGCGGAAGAAAAAGCACAACAGAAUCUAUACAAAAGAAUUGGCUUUAGCUUUCUUGUUAUUGACAGCUGCAGUUAGGAGCCUACUGUCAGCUCAAGGGAUCCACUUUUACUUCUUGCUGUUUCAAGGGAUAUCAUUCCUUCUCGUGGGGCUAGACUUGAUCGGUGAACAGGUUGACUAGUCGAAGAAUAUCAAUAGGCUUCAUGGGGAUAUA